AUGGCAACUGCAUCUCUGGUUCUAUCCUCUUCUUCUAAUGCUUUGGUGAAGGUAGGGCGAGUGUCUGGUUUCACCACGAUGCUCUGUAUCUCAAACCAUAAGCCACAAUUUAUCGUCGGCACCAUCACUCCCCUUCCACCUCUCUCCAACCUAGACUUUCGCCGAUCAUUCACCACUCUCUCUACAACACCGCAUCGGCAGCACCAUCAGGGUUUCUUUCCCUCUUACUGUCGCCUUCAAUCACCUGAAAAAGCCUUCUCUACCCUUCCAUUUCAGAAUUCCUAA